AUGACAAGAUUCGAAGUGGCUGGUUUUGUUUUUGGGGCGUUCCCUAUCGCCGUAACAGCGAUUAAUGGCUAUCCAAAAAUCGCGCGCAAGGUGGAGGCAUUGGAAGAAAUACGGGUGGCCUACACUAGAUGUUUUGAGAAUCUAGAGAACGAGCAACUUACGUUCAAGCGUCACCUGCGCACGUUGGUAUCAGCCCUGGUUUUUGAUAGUGUCUUGGCCAAGGCACCUUUGGCGGAUCCGUCUGGGAAACUUAGGAAGCUUAGUGAGUCCCACGAGCUUGACCUAAGCUACAUUCGCCGCAUGGAGGAAAUGCUUGCGGAGCUAAGCAGAGAAACGGCUCUGGACUCCAAUUUGGUAAGGGAGAAAAUGGAGGCUCAGGCUGAGAUAGCUUCAUCGCGAUGUAAAAGCUUAAACAAAAUAACGCCAAGUUCCACGUUUACAAAACAAAGUUUCUUCACGGCGAGAACAAUCGCAAACGUCUAUGCGCAGACAUUAAAAAGCUCCGUUUCAAUCUUCUUAAUCACACCUAAUCAAUUCCGGGUAGAGUUACUUGCUUCGAACGAGAAGGAUAUACAGCUUACUCAACAAUUGGAGGCCUCCCUGUGGAAACUCUGGCAGACGACCACAGUCUUCCUCCGAGCAUUGGCUGCCGCCUGCCGCUGCCCGUGUUUUGAAGAUCAUGCCACUAGGCUUUUCCUGCAAUACCGGCUCAAUUAUAAAGACAUAACAAGCUUCGAGCUUGUUUUUACGGGACAACCGGGGGUGGCGCAGUCCAGCCAUGUCAUGAGCUGGCAGCCUUGCCCUACCCGCAUCCAAGAGGACAAUGAAAAAGAAGUUGUUAAAAAGAGGAUUUUGCGGGUUGAGCCACAGGAAGAUAUCAUUACGAGGUUAUUGUCAGCCAAAAUAUGCUACCAAGGGAAAACUAGCUAUUCGGCCAGAAGGACCGCCGCCACAUUCCACCGAGGCCAAAGUCAAAUUUUUGGAGACUACUCGCAUUAUAACGUUGGAAUUCCACCGGAGAGCCCAUCCGAUGCACUGAUCCGGAAGAUCCAGAAUCUCUGCGAAUCUCUAUGCGGUCUAAAAACCGACCAUAGGGAGUAUUUCAACCUUCCCGACGAAAAGAAGCGGUAUCACGUUUUCUCAAUUUUCCAAACAUAA